GCGAUUAAACUAUGACUAAUCUGGCUGCACGAAGAUGCUUGUAAAAUUAUCUUAUUACCUAACUUCCCGAUAAAUGAUGUUCCGAGAACGUGUAUGCGAUGAUGAAGACGGAAAGAUCAGAAGAAAAUGUCUUCUAAAGAUAUAAGCCUUUUGAUUUUCUGGUACUUUUUUUCGUGACGAUUGUAUUGAUGACGCGGCUAUACAUUAAACAAAGCCAAGGGGAGAUUUGCGUGAAUCGAGAAUGACGAAUGAAGCCGCUUCCACCUUUCUUCCUCCCAAUACAUCAGCCACUGAAGUUCCGCAGGACAAUAUCAAAUGUGAUAUUUGCCAAAAGAUUCUCUAUGAGGCCAUCAACGACAGUCACAUCAGGUUUCUUGAUGUCUUCCUCCUGGUUCCAAAUAUUGUCUUUCUGAUGUUCCUUAUGUACAGACUUGGAGCAGCUCAAGUGCAGUUAAGCAAAAUAAGAUGUCCUAUUGUGAAGACUGUUUAUUUUAUGGUAUUCUUUGUUUGUAUUAUUGGAACAGCAAGAUGUUUUGUCUCGAUGCUUCUGACGUCAAUUUUGAAAUUACACCACAAGGAUUCUCUGCCAACAAAGAUUUUGUGGAUUGUACUGAGAUGCUUCUUAUUAGCAGUGGAGCUAAGUGUCAUAAUAUUUGGAGUCUGGGCAGGGAACAUGCAAGAUGGCCGGAGAGGUGUACGGAGAGUUCUCUGUCUGUCGUUAUUUUGUGCUGUUGCAUAUUCAUCCACUCAGGCCACACUUGAGUUUGUCAAAAGCCCAGGAAUUCAUCGCCGAAUGUUUGGAAAUGAAAAGUAUGACUUCUAUGGACACGGUGGAUUAUUGUUCUUGGCGUGUACGUCACUGUUUUUAGCUUUGGUAUAUUUUAUUAUCAUAAUUUUGCCGUGCACCACGUUAAGACAGUGCUGUGUUAUACCUGAAAGAAGAUCUUUCUACUUGUAUUGUGCUGUAAUGUGUAUCGUGAACGUAAUGCAAGGUUGCGCAAGUCUACUGAUGUACAAAACUAUUGUGAAAAGUUUAUGCGUUUUUGACUUCUCGUUGUUUAUGUAUUUCGCCGUGUUUGGUCCCAUGGUGUACUUUGCAUUUCUGAAAGAUUUCUUUAAAUGUGCGGACUUUCAUGUAUUGAGGGUGGAAGAGGAGUACGCCAGCUACUCGUACUCGUACCUGCCAACAGGAGAUGCCGGAGACGAUUACGCUUCUUCUGAUUAUGAAGAAGUGGUGGCGUAGAAAAUAUAUUGAUGGGUGGAAAGGGGGAAUUUUCAAGUAACUUAUUAGGGAGUGAUUAGAUGAUUUCUAUGUAUUACAUUGAGUAGAGGGUUGUCGACCAUCUACUAA